CGGAGUUAGGCGUCCGGCGCGCGUCCGGGCGUUGCAACGAUCCCGUGUCUGUCUUUAGAUCUCCCAAAAUAGACUCCAAGCUUGCGGAGUCAGUCUUUCCCAAACCCGACCGCAGUAAGCAAGCACCUCUAGCGAUAUCAGAGCCUUGAAAGAUAAUAGAGACGACGAGUUUGGUCGAGUGGGUGUUUUUCUGCCCCGCAUGAGUCUCCAUUUUCAGCGUUGAUUACUCAGCCACGUCUCCAAAUAACUAUCUCCAACUCGGUCUUCUUCAGCAAUUUGAAGAAAUGACAUCACUCAACUAUCGAGUUCUCAUCUCAGCUUCACAGACACCACGGAUAUAAUGUCAAUUCAGCAGUGGAUGACUCCCCUGGAGGGAUUGGAUAGUCUUCGCCAGACGGAGGCACCACUGGCCUCCCCGGGAGCUGGCGAGGUCCUGGUGAAGAUUCAGGCCGUGUCGCUGAAUUAUCGGGACGUGGAAGUAACCAAGGGAGAAUACAAGCACCACAAAACCGCCGAGGGAAAUGCCACCAUCGUGCCUUGCUCCGACAUGUCCGGCGUGGUCGUCCAAGUGGGCUCCGGCGUAACCCGCUGGACCGUCGGAGAUCGUGUUUUGUCGACUUUCCUGCCUGAACAUCAAACUGGCCAAGUCACCGAGAAGAUGUUGGCUGGUAGUCUCGGUCUCCCGUUGAAUGGAGUCCUGGCUACUCAUCGGGUCUUCCCCGAAACCGGUCUCGUGCAGACGCCGAGUUAUCUGUCGGACGAGGAGGCUUGUACCCUGCCUAUUGCGGCCGUGACGGCUUGGAUGUCUAUCAAUGGGAUGAGGCCCAUGGGCCAACAUGGGGGUCGGGAUGAGUAUGUUUUGCUUCUGGGAACGGGUGGUGUGGCGAUUGCUGGCUUGCAGAUUGCGAAGGCUGCCGGGGCCAAGGCUAUUAUUAUCUCUUCCUCCGAUGCCAAGUUGGAACAAGCCAAACAGCUGGGCGCUGACUUUACCAUCAACUACCGUACCACGCCUAAUUGGGAAGAGAAGGUGAUGGAAUGGACCCAGAACCACGGCGCAGAUAUCAUUCUCGAGACCGGUGGUGCUCAGACCCUGCGAAAGAGCUUUGAUUGUAUCGCAUGGGGUGGUCUCAUCAAUUGCAUCGGCUAUGUAUCUGGCAAGGUGGACGCCAAGGAUGACCGGUUAAACGUGAACCUCCUCGCGCUGCGCCGGACAGUGACUUUGAAGGGAAUCAUCAACGGACCGAAGGAUCGGUUCGAGGAGAUGCUUCGGUUCUACGAGGCGAAGCAGAUUCGACCCGUGGUCAACCGGACAUUCUCCUUUGCGGAGGCGAAAGAGGCAUUCAAGUUUUUGGAGAGUGGUAGCCACUUUGGUAAAGUGGUGAUCAAGGUCCAGGCUUAGAAUCAAGGAAAAAGAACUGCUUAUAUCGGAUAUAUAGAAAAGGGUCUACUCCCAACAUAUACCGCGCCGCAUUCUCUCCGCGCUGAGAAAAGCCUUACAUAUCUUCGUAGUAGAUAACGUGGACUGCGUCGCGCUUAUUAUAGCGGUUCUAGACGAACUUCCUCUACGUUUUACCCUGGUACGAUGAUGCAG